AUGGCGUCUGGACUCGAACACCCAGGAAAUUGCCCCCGCGCCGCCACUUCUACCUCGACCUCUAUCUCAGAAGCUGAUGCGAAGACGUUGACAGAUCGCUUCAACGGCAUCAGAGACCACUCCGGCUCGGAUCUUGGUGACUGGCGGAAGACGGCCGAGAGAAUCUUUGCAGAUGAGUUUCGUGUGCACUCCAAUUCGUAUCUCGCACUCAAGGGCCGAUCGCUGGACGACGGUGUUGGAUCUGCUUCAAAGCAGGGUACGAUUGAUCUGAUUGGCAAGACUCUCGACUUCGUCGAUGUCAAGACGGUGGGCUUGAUUGUGCCAGGUGGCGACACACUGGUCCAGACCUGGGAGGCGAAGGUUGGAGAGCAGGUUGUUAGAGGCAUUGGGAUCAUUGAGGUUGCGAAGGGUGGCGAUCUGUGGCAGAUCAAGAAGUGGUCUACUGAGUUCGAUAAUUUGAGUUACAGGACUGGUCUGGACACCUAG